AUGGCGGGUCUAAUUGGUGGAUUGGUUGCAGCAUGCCCAGGCGUACCGUAUGGGAUGCUGUAUACCAAAAUAUUGGAAAGAGAAAAAAUGAAGGCGCUAAUCCUAAACGAUCAAAAUUUUGAUCGAAGGAUGAUCAUUCAUUCAUAUGUAAAGAAAGAUCUGGAGUGGUGGUUGAAGAAUAUUCCAGUAGCAAAGAAUCCGAUUAGGUCAUUAAAUUAUAGGUUAGAGAUUUUCUCGGAUGCAUCGCUCACAGGGUGGGGUGCGCACUGCAACGGAGAAAAUAUUCACGGAUUUUGGUCUCAGGAGGAGAAGAAGUUACAUAUAAACCAGCUGGAGAUUAUAGCAGCGUUUUUGGCGCUUAAAAUUGACAAUACUACGGCGAUUUCGUAUAUCAAUCGUAUGGGGGGUGUACAAUACGUAGAACUCAAUCAAAGGGCUAAAGAUAUUUGGACUUGGUGUGAGAAAAGAAGAAUCUGGAUCUUUGCUUCCUACAUCCCCUCGCGGGAAAACACAGACGCAGACAGGGAAUCUAGAAGAGUCAAUGUAGAUACCGAAUGGGAGUUAGGAGCCCCCUUCUUUCAGACCAUAGUAGAAAGGUGGGGGUUUCCAGAAAUAGACUUGUUCGCAUCAAGGAGUAAUGCUAAGACCGAGGUGUUCUGCUCCUGGAAACGAGACCCAGAAGCUCGGUACAUUGACGCUUUUACAGUUAAUUGGAAUAAGGCUCAGGGAAUAGUGGUGGUCCCUCACUGGCCUACCCAGCCUUGGUUUCCCUUAUUUAAAUCAAUGCUAUUAGAAGAACUGUUGUAUUUUUCGCCCUCACCUAAGCUUCUGUUAUCUCCUUGCAGGGAGGCUCUCCGGCGAUCGUAUCAACAGAAACUAGUGCCAGCAGAAGCACCCUUAAAAACUGGUGGAGUUACUGCCAGAGUGAAAAGAGUGACCCCCUACAACCAGAUAGUUUUAAAAUACUUAACAUUUCGAUUCAAUCAGGAGGCAUCAUACGGCACACUUAAUUCAGAGAGAUCAGCGAUUAAUCUGAUAAGCACGAUAGACUUGGGUAGUGAUCCUGCAAUUAGUCGUUUUUUUAAAGGAGUCUUUAAAAACAGACCACCGAAGCCUAAAUAUGACACCACCUGGAACACAGAGGCAGUUCUAAACUGGGCAGAAGCACUGGGACCGUUGAAAGUCCUGGACCUAAAAUCUCUCACCUUUAAGUUGGUAUCUUUAUUAGCCUUAGCUACAGCCCAUAGGGUUCAGACAUUGUCCCUAAUCAAAAUAAGUGACAUGACAAUUUCGAAGAGCAAUGUUAUCAUAAAGAUAUCGGAGCAAAUUAAAACAUCUAGAGUCGGAGUUGCACAACCCUCGUUCAGUCUACCAUUUUUUAAAGAGCGAAAGGGCGCUUGCGUCGCCACGGCGUUGUUGAAACACAUAAAAAGAACCAAAGUUCUAAGAGGGAGUGAAGACUACCUGUUUAUUACAAUUAAGAGGCCCUACCAUAGGGCAACUGCGCAAUCAAUAAGCCGCUGGAUAAGGUGCUGCCUCGUAGAAGCCGGAAUAGAUCCCAAAUACACUGCUCACAGCACGAGACACGCAGCCACGUCUGCUGAAGAGGCGAGAGGUUUAGAUGUAAACAUCAUAAAGAGUACAGCUGGAUGGUCAGCCAGCUCACAGGUGUUCGCAAAGUUCUACAAACGCCUGAUAGAACCAAGAAAAGAAUCGUUUGUAGAGGUGUUAUUCAAUCAACAGGGUGAAUAA